GGUAAACUUCACAGACGCUUCCUGUUGUUGACUCGCUUCCUGUGCGUUUAAGCGGCAACAGGUGGACUGAGGGUGUAGAGACAGCCGUUGCCGUAGCAACCCAUGCAAUCAGCCUGUGUGUGAAAAAAGAAUCCACAAAUAAUACGAAUCGAACCUCCAUGCGUUUUUGUCCGUAAUGAGCUUCAGUUGCGUUUAGAAGUAUCAAAGAAGUGACACGAAUCUGGUCAUUUAAUUUUGCUUCAGGUUCUCUGGUGACGCCCCGCCCCCAAACCCCUCCCUUUCGGACCGGACUCCACCUCCAAGUUUAAAUAUAGGAUAGCUUGUGUCUGUGCGUGAGAGAAACAUUCCCCUGGGGCAGAUAAAGACACGCGCUAACCAAACCGAACGGAACAGGACGCGACAGGAACAGGCGAACCGAGUCGGUGCGAUAGGAAUCCAAUGCGUUUAGGCCUGAUUCGCGGUUGGAAGCUUUAGUGCUUCGUGUCCUGAUGGAGAUCUAGUGGAUCGGACGAGAUGGGGAAGUGGGAGUUAACUAUGAACCCGGUGCAGGAGUGGGGUGAGGAGGUGGAGGACGGAGCGGUCUAUGGAGUCACACUGCGCCGAGAGCCCGUCGCUUCCGACCCAAACGCCGGCGUCACAGAUCAAUGCUGCGCUUUCGUCCAGUACCGAACCUGCAAAGUGCGGCGCCUGAAGGCCGCGACCCUGGACCUGCUAGUGAACCAUCUCCUGGACCCGAGCAGCUCGGAGCAGGACUACAGCCGGAUCUUCCUGUCCACAUACAGAACCUUCACCUGUACGUCAGCGCUCAUAGAGCUGCUGUUCCACAGAGACGGCGCCGUCUCCGACCUGGACAACAGCGGGUUCUGCAGCAGCCCUCUGCUGACCUUUGUCCAGACAUGGCUGGACGAGUUCAGCGAGGACCUGAGGGACCCUCCCCAGCACCCGGCGCUGCGGCUGCUUUUGGACCACCUGAGCAUCAGCGCCGCCGUGCACGGCCAUGUGUGCAGCCAGCCCAACUACUGCUCGCUGGCGGGCCGAGCUGAGGAGCUGCUCAGGAGCUUCCAGACAGAAGCUGAGAGAAUUCCCGGUUCUGGAUCAGCAGACCUGGAGCCCCACGCGGACGGGUCUGCUGAUGAGGAUUCUGGCUGUGAGAGCUCUGAUCAGAGUGGCCUCAUGGACUUCUCAGCGUGCGCCGUGGCGGAGCAGUUGACCCGGACCGACGCUGCCCUGUUUGUCAGAGUGGUUCCGUACCAGUGUUUGGGCUGCGUGUGGUCGCAAAGAGACAAGAAGGAGAACAUGUCCUCCACCAUUCGGGCCACUGUGGCACAGUUCAACGCCGUCACCAACCGGGUCAUCGCGUCCCUGCUCUGUCAGCCUGCAGACCCGGGCCCGGCCCAGAGGGCCCGCCUCAUAGAGAAGUGGGUCAGAGUGGCACAGGAAUGUCGGCGGCUGAAGAACUUCUCGUCUCUGAGGGCGAUUCUGUCGGCGCUGCAGUCAAACGCUGUGUACCGGAUGAGGAAGACGUGGGCGUCCGUCAGCAGAGACAGCCUGGCCACCUUCGAUCACCUGUGUGAAACCUUCCCCGACGAGAACUGCGUCCUGACCGAGCGAGAGCUGCUGUUGGAGAGCCCCUCCGGCGGCCCGGUUCCCUACCUGGGCACCUACCUGACGGUGCUCACCAUGCUGGACACGGCUCUGCCCGACGCUGUGCAGGGAGGCCUCAUCAACUUCGAGAAGAGAAGGAGGGAGUUCGAGGUUCUGUCUCAGAUCCGUGUUCUCCAGGCGUCCUGCUCCCGGUACAGCCUCGCCCACCGGCCCAGAGUCGCUGCCUGGCUGCAGGGACAAGCGCUGCUCACGGACCAGGAGAGCUACGAGCUGUCGAAGCAGCUGGAGCCUCCGGUGGAUUCGUGCUCCCCAUCUGGCUGGAAGCAUCGCUCUCUCACCAAGAAACUGUCCAGUCUCCUGACAGCCGGCGACGGAGCCAAGAAAGUUCCCGCUGAUCAGAUCAGCGUCUCGUCUUCUGGCUCCAGUGGUUCAGAGAUGGAGGAUGUGCCCCUGAGCUCGGCCUGCUCCAUCCGACCCCAGUCUUUCCACAGCUCCUGCUCCAACGUGUCCUCCUGCGCCUCCAGCUCGUCCUCUGACUCUCCUCUGGAUCCCUGCUCUCCGGCCUGGUCCUGUGGCGGCGCCCGACCCAAACCGGUGCCGGCUUCCCACCACAAACGCUCCGUGUCCAUGACGGCGCUGCCCGUGUACAACCGGCAGGUGGCCGACUCCUGCGUGGUCCGGGUGAACGUGGACCUGGGCCACAACAACGGCAACAUGUACAAAAGCAUCGUGCUGACCAGCCAGGAUAAGGCGGCGCAGGUGAUCCAGAGGAGCCUGGAGAAGCAUCACCUGGAGCACAUGCAGUGGGAGGAGUUCAGCCUGGCUCAGGUCAUCUCCCCCGAUAGAGAGCUGCUGAUCCCAGAGAAGGCCAACGUCUUUUACGCCAUGUCCACUGCCGCAAACUUUGACUUUGUCCUUCGCCACAAGAAGCUGAGAGCCGCGUCGAGCCCGGGGAGACGCUCCACGCAGCAGCUCUAGGAUCUACAGUUCUACACUGCUGCUUCAGCGGAACCGGGACAAGGAACAGAAGCACCGAUGGACCUGUGGUCCGCCUCGGCUCAGUCAAAGCCUUCCUUUUAAUGUAUUGGGCUGGAUCCUCUGCUUUGGUUUCUGAACACUGGCCCGCUUCCACGGUUGGCCUUAUGUCUGCAGAACCACCUGAAGCCAAGGGACUGGACCUUAGACGGCACACACCUGUGAAUAGUUAACCGUUCUCUGGAGACGCAGACGCUGAGGCCUCAGCAGAGGAAGCCUGGAACCAGCAGGUCCUGGCCGGGUCCCGGCUGUGGUGCCACUGGCUCCGCUGACCAGAUCGGAUCCAGAUGUUUGUCUGUAGAAUUGGGUUUCCACUGGCUGAAUCCAGCUCAGUGCAGCCUGGGAACUGAGCAGUUCAUCGUGAUGGUUACGAAGGGAAGAUGCUGACCCCCGGCCCGGCCCAGCCUGGCCCGAUUCUCUUCCUGUGUGACUGGACUGGUGUCAUUCCUGAGCAGCAGCAGGGACCCGUGUGCAGCCGUACACUAGUCGGGCUUAGGCGUUUGUUACUCUGAUGCACCCUUUGUUUGAUUUGCACUAGAACCGGGCCAGAACAGAACACACCUGACCACUAAAACAGCUCCGCUAAUGAUCAUCUGGUGACGUUUGGUUCCAACGGGCAGGAAUGAACAGAAGGAGCAUGUUGGAGUCAGGCCGGGCGUGUCUGUGCCUCCUCACAUGUUUGUCCCUAUGAUGAGUUCAAUCUGAGAAUCAAACAUAUUUUGAUUAAUUAUUGAAUGGCUGCAAACACUAAUAAAGUGUUGAUGUUUAACUUUGGUUCAGAUGCAUAAA